AUGUCAACCGAACCUGAUCAUAUGUUUAUGAUUUAUGAGCACGAGAAGUUCUGGGUCACUAUGCAGCCAUUUCUUCUACACCGGGGCUAUCGUCUUCGACCAAGAUAUGAUCCAAACUGGGUACCUUCAUGGCGUCAGUUAGCCGUUUUAAAUGAUGCAGUCAAACUAGACAACGGUCAGAAGGUCGUUCUCAAGAAAGUAUCAACCGACUCUCAAGAGAUUCCGCUUGCCACGCUUCUGUCUUCUAAAACAUGGAAAGAGGAUCCCAGAAAUUGCUCUGUGCCUAUACUAGACGUCAUCAUGAUUCCGGGCGAUGAUGCUCAUGCCCUUUUGGUUAUGCCUCAGCUUCUAGCCUUUCACUUGCUUCCGUUUAGAUUUUUUGGAGAAUUCUCUGAAUUUGCUCUACAGAUACUCCAAGGACUCGAGUUUUUGCACGAACAUAAUGUGGCACACAGGGAUAUGUGUUGGGGUAAUAUAAUGAUGGACAUUUCUAAAGUGAUUCCAAAGGGAAGCCACUUUUCGCGCUGGGAUUCUCACACUGGAAUACCAUUCAAAAAAUUUCAUUGGAAGCCACGAUGGACCGUUCAGCCUGUUCAGUACUAUAUUAUUGACUUUGGAAUCUCUGUCAGAUGUCAAAGCAAAGAUGCAAAAGGACGAGGACGAUGGGGUCAAGACCGAACCGUCCCAGAGAUGUCGAAGCCGGAGUGGUGUGACAUUUUUAUGGUCGAUAUAUACCAGCUGGGAAAUGUUUUUAAAGAGUGUAUCGAGAAAUAUAAAGGUCUUGAUGCGUUUUCUGAGUUAGCUGACGCCAUGACCAAGACAAAUCCAAACGAUCGACCCAAUGCGGCAGGUUCUGUCGAUAUAUGUGUGAUCAACACAAUCCCUAAUCCCCUAGAUAUAAUUCUCGGUGCUUUUAAACUGAUAGUCGAGGAGUCUAGAGCUAGUGGGCUUGGAGGGCCGAAGAGAAAGAAGGCGUUUGAAAUGAGGCGGAAUGGAGAUUUGGACGAGGAGGAGCAUGUCCGUCCUGUUGGGUUUGCAAUGCUCGAGUGUCGUGAGGUUGGGGUCAAACGGUGGGCUGGAUAG